AUAACACAUCAAAUCCAACAUAAACCUGUAAUUUAGUACCAUCAUAAUGAUUGACGCGAUUCACACCAAGGUCGCGCUGGCGAGGACGUGCUACAGACCUUGUGUGAGUACAGCGCGAUGUGCGGGAUGGAUUUUCCGUGUGUUGUAUAAAAAAGUAGAGUAGGCCUACGUAGUGAACGCUCGUUAAUGCGAGGCGGCUUCUACCCUCGACCCGGUGAGCAGUGUCGCAAGCCGUGGCAAAGGUCUUGAGGUCCGGACCCACAUCGAGUGCGGAGGUAGGUGUGUCAUCACUCGCUCGGGACUCGCAGUACGAUGAGGUGCGCUCUACUCGCGGUUCUGCUCGCCCAACAGGCGUUCUGCAGAGUCUUCGAGAGGUGCGAACUGGUCCGAGAACUCUCGCAGAAGAAGCACCGAAUCCCCGAGGCCGACCUCGCCACUUGGGUCUGCAUAGCGAGGUACGAGUCCGAGUACAACACCUCGGCCGUGGGUCAUCUCAACGGCGACGGUUCCGGAGACCACGGACUGCUCCAGAUCAGCGACCUCUACUGGUGCUCGCCACCGGGGGUCGGGAUGGCCUGCGGAAUAAACUGUGACCAGCUGGAGGACGACGACAUCACCGACGAUGUGGUCUGCGCCAGGAGAAUCUACCGAGCGCAUAAGCGUCGCACCGGGGACGGCUUUACGGCUUGGGCAGUGUACGGCCGUCAUUGCAGAGGUGACGUCAGCCACUUCCUGGAAGGCUGUGAGGACUCCGAGGAGGAGAACGAAAUUAGCGAAAAGGACGUUAAGGUCACUCCUGACGUGGAUAGGGAUAUUGCUCCGACCACCUUCACUGAUGGAAGAUCAACAUCUACUCCUGGUGAAAGAAUCUUACGGGUUUUCUCCAAUUACCCGACCACGAACGCUGUAGAGCGACAAAAAGUCUACUCGACAAGUACCCAGCCUAGGGUCUUCGCGACCAGUUCUCUGCAGAGGCGACCUACAUUCUCCGACCUCGACACGACCGCCGACCCAGACCCCAAGACUGCUUGGCUCAAGAGAGAGAGAGCAGUUGGGUUGUUCAGUGGGUUGAGCAGUUUUGUACCUGUCCACGACCGCCCCUCCAUACAUGAGCGGUGGGUGGGCACUCACAGUGAGCCUUCUCCACAGUGGAAAACUCCACAAAAUGUGGAACAAGUAGAGUUGGUUAGAAGAGAUGCCUGGCCCUUUGGCAAAGAAAAGGAAGAAAAAACGAAAGAGCAUGGAAGAAAACUGUUGCAAAAAGUUGCUAGGCUGGUUUUUUCUGAGAACUUUAACAUUGGUUUUGACGCUCCGUACACUGAUAAGUGUUCAACCUGCACAAGGCUUGAGUGUGAACUAGCCACAGAAAAAGAUGCAGGCAAGCGUGAAACACUAAAGUAA